UUCUAACUUCUUUAUUCGAUGGUGAUACCAUAGCAACAGUGAUGCACUAAUUUGUUUAUGCAUCGAUGUAUUGACUGCUAAUAAAAGCACUUGGCCAAGUUCUUACACCUAUACACAUUUAAAAUUGAAAAAAGUCAAAAUUCGGUAUCAUGAACAAGCUGAAGUCAAAUAAUAGCGCCAAUAACAGUGGCACAUCUUCGGAGACUAGCGAGACUCAAAGUGUAGAAGACCAUCAAACAGUUUUACUAUCUAACAAUCGUAGUUUAUCAUUGAGUAGAGCCAAGAAUAGUUGGAAACGUAUGAAGGAACUGGCUGCAGAAAAGGAAAAUGAAUCUAAACGACCACCAUGGCGCGCAGUUAGCGUUUCAACCCUUACAAAGCCUGACAAGAGUGCAUUGCUUCGGGCUAAAUUACUUGAUGCAUCAAGACGAUUAAGAGCUGGAAAAGCAAAUGUAGGUCUACAAACGGACUUCGUGCCGACUAAGCUUAUGAAAGAAGCGAGCGUGGAUGUACAAAAGGAUUUAAUUUUGCACAAAGAUAUUGGGAUACUUACCGAUGGACAAUAUUGUAGGAAGAAGGAUGGCUAUCAGCAGUAUGUUUUGACCUAUUCCAUGUCACAAAUGACCGAAAGCGUUGCUACAGUUUCUCGUUAUACACAAACGCUUCUCCCCAAAGCAUAUAAUAAGGACGUCAUAAACAGAUACUUACCAAAAUGUGAUGAAAAUGAAAAUGGCAUUAUUUCAAAUUUGGAGACGGGUCUCGAUGAUACAAUUUCGAGAAUACGAAAGUUGUAUUUUGACGACGAGUCACAAUUACAAAGACAUGCGGUAGGCACAGGCCGCAUCGGUCUAAACCUAACACCUACGCUAGACUCGUGGAAUUUCGAUGAUGAUCCAGCUGAAAUGGAAUCUGACCGACAUUUUAUACCUUAUACUAUAGAGUCUUACCAUCCGUGGCGCAGUUUCGCACCUGUUCCUUUUCACUUGAGGGGCAAUUCAGUUAUUGGAAGCAUGAAAAUUGAUUGGUAUGCAUUGCUGCAGUCCAUUGAUGACUUAAUAAAUGAGUCAAACCAAUUAGUAGAUAAACUUGAACAGAUAAUGCUGGGCAAUAGUUUGCAUCAAGCUACGCGUUUGACUAAUUUUUGUCAAAUUACAAAAUUCAAGUCUAGCAAUUUCAAGCCCCCCUCUGAGCAUUGGUUGCCAAUCAUUGACCAACAAGAGAAGCAAUUAAAACUCAUUUUGAGCACGCCUGAAUCUAGUUAUGUUACUCCUGAAUGAGGAAUAUUUUUGGUCGAUUUUUACUAGUUAGCCAACCAUUAAGAACAUAUAUUUAUACUAGGGGGCAAGCCCCCUGCGCACCCGCUUCGCUCGAACGCCAACCUCCGGCUCGCUCUCUUCGCUCGCAAACAAAACCAUUAUUCUAAUCACUGCGCCUUAGUACAGCAGUGACAUUCCGCUCGAUAUUUUAUUUUAUGUGCCUUUUCUUCUUCCUCAUUCUCUAACACACCCAUUCUACCACAAAAAAUAAAAUAUCGGGCGGUGAUCCAAAAAACACCUAUUAUUUUAUAUAAUAGAGAGAUAUAAGCCCCCUGGGCACAGCGCCCCUUUGCAUUGAUACUGAAAUGGAUGCUACGAAUACGAAUUGCUCAGGCAACAAACAAGUUGAUACCAUUCCCAUUGAUACUGUCAUCCUUGUAAUGUUAUUAGAAGUCGUUAUUAGUAAA